AUGUCGACCGAAUCGAAAGAGGUUGACCCGACCAAGGAGCAGGAGAAGGCUGCUGAAGCUCUCGUCAACCUAAGCUCUGCCAAGGGCACCACAGCUGAGUCGGAAGGGGAGUCGGGGUCCGAAGCGGAGGAAACACAACAAGCAGGCGCAAACACAGAAGCUCCCGCAAAGAAGAAGAAGAAGAGCAAGAAGAAGAAGGCCAAACAAGCUCUUGCUCAAGCCCUUGGCGGAGGCCCUCCCAAAGAGCUGACCGCCGCCGAUGUCGAGGCCGACCCCAAGAAGGCCAUCGCGGGCCUCUCAAACGACCAGAUCGCUGAAUUCCUCACCCUCAACCCUGCCUUGCGGAAUGAACUUCUCGGCGCACAGGAUGCCCCGGGCUCGUCGGACAACACGGCCAAAGCCAUCGAAGCCUUCAAGAAGCUCAAGUUACAGGAUAUCAUGACCGGUUUGGCAACGAGUGGCAAGAACCGCAAGGAUAUGGCUUCGUACAAGUUCUGGAGCACACAACCAGUACCUCAGUUCGAUGAGGAGCCCAAGCUCAUCGAGGAGGGUCCCGUCAGAGUCCAAAAAGUGGAGGACAUUCCAACCGAACCCAUUGAACUUGCGCUUCCACAGUUCCGCUGGGUCACGAUGGAUCUCACGGACGAGAGGCAGUUGGAAGAGGUAGAGAAGCUUCUGUAUGGUCACUACGUGGAGGAUGACGAGGCCAUGUUUAGGUUCAAGUACUCUGGCUCUCUGCUGAGGUGGUCUUUGCUGUCUCCGGGAUGGCGCAAGGAAUGGCACGUUGGGAUUCGCACUGGCGAUACCCUUUGCGCUUUCAUUUCUGCCAUCCCAACCCAGAUGCGGGUACGGGACAAGAUUCUUCAAAGCUCCGAGGUCAACUUCCUCUGCAUUCACAAGAAGCUCAGAGGGAAGCGCCUUGCGCCAGUGCUCAUCAAGGAGAUUACACGGCGCAUCAACCUUGAUGGCAUCUGGCAGGCCAUUUACACGGGCGGUAUUGUCCUCCCUCGGCCAGUUAGUACCUGCCGAUACUACCACCGCGCCUUGAACUGGAUGAAGCUGUAUGAGGUUGGCUUCAGCCCAUGCCCAACCAACAGCACCCCCAAGUUGCAAGAUAUUAGGUUCAGGGUCCCCGAGAACACGUCGACUCGUGGGCUCCGUGAGAUGGAAGCCAGGGAUCUCAACGCGGUGCAGGUUCUCGUCGAGGCGUACCUGAAGCGCUUUGAUCUGACUCCAGUGUGGUCCAAGGAAGAGGUGUCGCAUUGGCUGUUGCAUAACAAAGAGGCGCCUGGUGAGCGUGUGAUUUGGUCAUAUGUUGUUGAGGGCGACGACGGCAAAAUCACCGACUUCUUCUCCUUCUACUGCCUCGAAUCGUCGGUCAUCCGGUCCAAGAAGCACUCUGCCAUUCGCGCCGCCUACCUCUUCUACUACGCCUCGGAUGUUGCUCUCAAGAGCCCUGACGACCGCCCGGCCCUCAAGGCUCGUCUUAAUGCCCUCAUGGCUGAUAUGCUCAUUCUUGCCAAGAAGGCCAAGUUUGACGUGUUCAAUGCGCUGUCGCUGAUGGAUAACUCGCUGUUCUUGGAGCAGCAAAAGUUCCACCCCGGUGAUGGGCAGCUUCACUACUAUCUGUUCAACUACAAGGCCAACCCUGUCCACGGUGGUGUCAACAAGAGGAAUUUGCUGGAGGAGAACACGUCCAGCGGUGUGGGCUUUGUAAUGCUUUGA